UUAUUUGGAAAUAGCUAACAAAAAAAUGCAUCCAUGGGAUUAAGAUACAUACAACGAAUCUAAUACCAGUGUAACAGUCAAAGAAACAGUCUACUUUGCUGGCAGUUUAAAACAAUCGACUUACUGUGUAAAACACGAUGACACCAUCAAUUGGCGUUUUACAAACGCUUUUCGCCGUAAUAUUCAUAAUUUUUACUGCGCCUCAAGCCGAAUCGACACAAUCUGGCAUAUACGUCGAUAAUGGUAAAGAUCAGACGGUAAUGCAACGUGUACUAACUGACGAUGACAAGCUGGAUGUAUCCUAUGAAAUAUUGGAGUUCCUAGGAAUAGCUGAUCGUCCCAUGCAUCAUCGUAGCCAUGGGCUGUCUCUAAGAAAAUCGGCACCGAAGUUUUUACUUGAUGUUUAUAAUCGCAUUACCGCUGAAGAAGGACUCAGUAUUCAAAAUAACAAUGAACACAGUCGAUCCAAGCGUGAUCUAAAUGAAAAUGAAAAGAAUUUUAUAACAGAUCUCGAUAAACGUGCAAUUGAUGAAAGUGAUAUUAUAAUGACAUUUUUAAAUAAACGCAAUCACAACGUCGAAGAGAUGCGACACGAACAUGGACGUCGUCUCUGGUUCGAUGUCAGCAAUAUACCCAAUGAUAAUUAUCUAAUGAUGUCCGAAUUGCGUAUCUAUCAGAAUUCAAAUGAAGGCAAAUGGAUGACGACUAAUAAACAAUUUACGGUUACCGUCUAUAUGAUACGAUCGAGCGGAUCGUCUCAGAAUACGUUGGAGCCGCUUUCCUCGGUAAACACAACGGGUGAUUACGUUGGCUGGUUGGAGUUGAAUGUCACAGAAGCUUUGCACGAUUGGCGCAUCAAUUCGAAUGAAAAUCAUGGCAUUUAUAUCGGAGCACACGCUCUGAAUAAGCCAGAUCGUGAAAUUAAAUUGGAUGAUAUUGGCUUGAUACAUCGCAAGAUCAAGGUAGACGAUGACAAUCAACCGUUUAUGAUUGGAUUUUUUAGGGGUCCCGAACUGAUCAAGGCCACAGCCUCGCACAGCUCACAGAAGCGUACAAAACGCAGUACUUUACAUCAGCGAAAGAAGAGCAAAUCGGAGACGGUGAAUCCGUUUGCAGAAAAUAUCGUCGAGAAUACACGCAGCUGUCAGAUGCAAACACUUUAUAUUGACUUCAAAGAUCUGGGCUGGCACGAUUGGAUUAUUGCACCAGAUGGCUAUGGCGCCUUCUACUGCAGCGGCGAAUGUAAUUUUCCACUUAAUGCGCAUAUGAAUGCGACGAAUCAUGCGAUUGUUCAAACUCUGGUCCAUCUCAUCGAGCCGAAGCGAGUGCCCAAGCCCUGCUGUGCACCAACACGAUUGGGCGCAUUGCCUGUGCUCUAUCACCUCAACGAUGAGAAUGUUAAUUUGAAAAAGUAUAGAAACAUGAUCGUUAAGUCCUGUGGGUGCCAUUAAAUAUAUCAUUUUAUAUAGUUUGUAAAUCUACAUUACCAUUUACAUGUACUUCCAUGAAUAAUCUCGAAUAACUAAUAUCG